UAAGAAACAAAAACAAAAAUCCACCUAAAAAAGAGAUUAUUAUUAUUUGCAAAAAAUAACAUUAGAGUUUUCCAUAAAAAAUCGAUAUUUUGGAACAUUUUAAAUACAUCCAUCGAUGCAUCGAUGUUGGCGUCAAUGUUCCUCCACCUAAGUCAGUACAAGUGCAACUGCUGUCUGGGUCGGUCGCGUUCGUCCGCGUGAGUCUCUUUGUUGGUGUUUUGUCGGUCGAAUUGUUUUUGUUUGAUAAUAUUGCAGAUUAAUAAGUGUGUGCUAAGUGUAUUAUUAACAAUUGGGGCUAAAGCACAUGCCCAGAAUCAAAUAUACAGUGGCCUUGAAUAGUUUAAAAAAAUUGCAUACGCAAUAGCGAGAGAAAAACAAUGAAAAAUAUGAUUCAAUGACGUCGCGAAUCCAAAUCGUGAAUCGACAAAGAGAAACAGCAAGAGCAAGCAGCUGAAGUGAAGAGAAGGGCGCAGUGACAGUAGUGAAUGUUUAUGCGGGCUGCUGCUGCUGUUCGCUCGUUGUGUGAUUGAGUGACAAAACAAAUCCAAAUUAAAAAUACGACAUAUGAAAAUAGCAGAUCGGAGUAGUAGAAAACAACAGAUAAAAACACACAAAUCAAAUUGAUUGAAACAUGUGCUAGAAAAGAAAACUGGCAGCAAAUACAACAUCCAGAAAAUGGGUUCGCGUAUCAAAAAUGAUGUGAAAAAACUCUUUGAGUUUUGGUGCGAGGUGAAACCCACGCGAGGCAUUGAUCGUGGCACUAUCAGUCGAAAUGGAGGAGGCACAGCGACGCCCGCUGGCGUUAUUAUCGAGAGUUUCCCAGAGGGAUUUCGCGAUAAGGAGGUGCUCACCGGCAUACCAUCGUUUGCCUUUCCCUGCGACAUCGAGAGGGGAUCAGUGCAAUCAUAUUCAUUUGUACAUACCACCGGCGACUCGAAAUGGCGUUUCGGCUUCUGUCGACACGAUCCUAAAACGGAUACGGCGAUGGUGCUGAUCACCUAUCUGCCCUGGCACGACACCUUCCUUAAGCUGUUAAUUGUGCUGGCCGAACUGCGGCGUACGGAUCGAAAUGGCUUUCGAACCUUCCUAUCGGAGGCUUACAACAGAGGCGUGCCCGACUCGGGCGGUAGUUUAACGGUAUUCUACAGUAGCGGACAGAGCCAUUUUACAUUUGAACGUCCGUUGCAGUUUCAGCUGCCUAGCAUACCAGAAAAUCAUAACCUAAAUCUGUAUUACAAUUUUGUGGAUCCGAAGGAGAUGAUCUGUGUAUUUGCUGCCAUGCUUGCCGAACGGCGAAUCAUAUUCACUUCCAGCCACUUGGAUAGGCUCUCCUCUUGCAUUCAAGCAGCCAAUGCAUUCCUCUAUCCUAUGGUCUGGCAGCACAUUUUCAUACCGGUGUUGCCUUGGGAAUUUAAGGAUUACCUGGGUGCACCCAUGCCAUAUCUAAUUGGUGUGCCAAAGCCAGUACUCGACACUGUUUCCGACGAUGAGCUCGGAGAAGUUGUGAUCUUAAACUGUGAUACGAAGAUAUUCGAAAGUCCCUUUGAUGAUGUGCGUUCGCUGCCGCCGGAGAUUGUGUCGCAACUUAAGAAAUAUCUGAGUCACACGCAGGAUCACAUUGGGGAUCGUGUAUCGAAAAUAUUUCUAGGUGCACUGGUACAGCUGAUUGGCGGCUAUCGGGAUGCUGUUGAGUUUCACGACACCUGCAAGACGUUCAAUCACGCCAAAUUCAUUGAAUCUCGGCCCGCACAUUUGCGUCCCUUUCUAACCAAAAUGAUGGAGCUGCAGAUCUUUGCGCAAUUCGUUGACGAUCGUCUCAAAAUGCUCAAUAGCGGCUUGGGAUUCUCCGAUGAAUUCGAACUGGAAACUGUGCGCUAUGCGGAAAAGAUGAAGAAACGCGGUCGCAACUAUGUAUUCCUAAAGCAAAUGAAGGACAAGACUAAUCCAGCUGUUAAGUCUGCCGUCAAAUCGGUCAAGGAGAGCUCGCGUGGCGUUAAGACCGCCUACAAGAAGUGGCGCGACAACGGCAGCCACAAUCCCAAUCAUCAGUUCCACUUUGGCCUCGGAUCGCCACAGCACUCGGAUCGACCGGACGGCAGCAACGGUGCUGCAUUUGGACGGAAGGUCACCCAUCGUUCGGCGCCCAGUUCACCGGUUUGCAGUAAACGGCUGGAGGGCGAGAUUAGCGUGAAUGGAGGAGGAAUCGCGACACGGGAGCAAACGUCGCUGCAAUUGCAUCCAGCGCAUGGCCAGCCACGUCGUGGCCCUGUUUCGCUGGCCAUGUCGAGCUCAAGCAGUCACAUACCCGCGAAUGGUUCUACGCUGGGUGCGUCAAUGCGUGCUAAUUGUGAUCAUCUUGUGGGUGCGUCUCCUGCUGUUAGCUCGGCAAGCUCGAUCUGCUCAUCGGAGAUGAAUCUGUCGCAGGAGCUGCAGAAUCAUCCGCUCUUUAAGACGCCCGCCGUUGAUCGCAGCGUAAGUAGCAUGCUUAAGCCAAAUGCCGAACACCACAGCACACGAUCGCGCAUCGCCGCCGCAAAUACAAAUGGAGCACCGCCUGCACGUCCUCCGCCGCCAACCACACAGCCCGUCUCCUACUACAAUCAUCCGUAUGCGCCCAGCAAUUCAACGCAUUCGCAUGUUGUCGUGGAGUCAAAGCCACCGCGGCACACAUCGACGCCUACGAAGGGACGUCAACUGGCGACCACAGACUCCAGUUUUGACAAUCCACCGGAUAUGCAAUCGCCACCGAUACCGCCAAGGCGUCAGUGCAGCGCUAAUGCUGUGGUGGCAGCCACAGCCGCCGCGGUGACGGCUGGCAUUAAUCGACUGGAGCGUAAUUGCUGGCAGGAUGAGCAGAAUGAUUCGUUGCGCUGCUCAAACACGUCAACAGGAUCGGCGUCAUCGUCGUCGGCGUCGUCGUCAUCCUGCUCGUCGGGUGCCUCGUUUGUAACGGCUGCCUCAAGGUUCUCGCAGCUAAAUAUGUCCUCGCCGAACGGCUCCGAGCCGGCGCCGAUACCAACGCCGCGGGCCAAAAGAGAGUCACCGCGGAGCAAUAGCAGCGCACAACCCCAACCAGAGGAUAGCAUGAAUGAUCUGAUAUCGCUGGACGAUAGCAACAACACUAGCUUCGAUCUGGAGGACUUCGAUCCUCUCAAUCAGAAUGCAAGACCCUUGCCACCGCUGGGUAGUAAACAUUUCAACAGCAACAAGACCAAGUCAAGCACACUGCCCGCCGGCGUCACCAGCAGCGUGGUUAUGCAGGCCAAUAAUAGUGUCAACAAUCCGCUGUAUCCUUACUUUGCGCCCAAGCACAUGGCCACUGUGGCUGCGGUCACAAAUCGAGUGACUCCGUUGCCGCCACAAAUACAACGCAACAACAUGACAGGUGUGAAGCCGGAUGAUGACUUUGAGCUGUUGCGAAAAUAUGGGCUAGAUCAGUUCUCAUUAAAUGUAACCACGACGACAACGACUCCGAGCAAUACCACAACGCCAGCAUUAACCGCAGGCGCUGGCGUUGGCAAGGGAAUGAAUAACUGGACGACCUUUGACUAAUGAUAUAAGAAAGGAGACGUUUUCGUCGUCGUGUGUUUGCUGGGAAAGUAUACCAAAAUAAGUGUGAUUAGGUUUAUGAUUGUGUUGUAUAUAGCUAGAUAUAGAAGGAGGAGUAGUAGGCAAGUUACCUGCGAUAACAAACUAUGAUAUCAGACAAAACCUUAAAUAUUAUUAUUCUUGCAUACAAACAAAUACAUACAUAAAUAUACCGUUAUAUAUACGUCGUAUUCUAGUUAUACACAUGUUUGGUAGUUCAGUGACCGUUUCAAAAUCAAAACUUUUGUGUGGUUUAUAUAUCGAUGAAAACAAACAACAAAUGCAUCAAAAGAAAACUCACAACGAGCAACUUAUUUCACAUGAAUACCAACAUUUGACUUCCAAAUCAAAAGACACAUGAGAAUUUAGUGUAGCCAGAAUUUAAUCCAAUUAGCUUAUAAACAAAUUAAUUCAAAUUGCAAAUACAUAUUAUAUAUAUGAACAAAUCAAA